UUCAAUACAAACAAUCAUCUUUACAAUUAUGUAGUGAAACAAAUGCGUUCCCAAAAAGAGCAAAAAGAUUUAAUUCGCUUAGGAGAAUUAACAGCAACCUAUUUAAAAAGCCAGAAUAAACUGCGUGAAUUACGUUCAAUUUAUUACAAAGAAGAAUGUAGUACUGAAGAAGCAGCAAAAUUAGUUGGAUUAAAACUGCCAAAAGCUCGAAAUAUUUGA